UAGUAUAAAUAGCAGCGUCACAGCACCCACAAAAUCAGAAGUAAAUUCACCAUGGCCAAUAUUAAAGCUGUUUUCCUGAUCUGCAUUGUUGCAUUCAUUGCAUUCCAUUGUGUAGUAGCCGAACCUACUGCGGAAGACUCCGUUGUGGUUAAGCGGAGUUUAGGUGGUGUGAUUUCAGGAGCAAAGAAAGUUGCCAAGGUCGCCAUACCCAUUGGAAAGGCCGUCCUACCCGUUGUGGCCAAACUUGUAGGAUAAAAUAGAAAUUGAAUUUAUGACCAAAAACGCUCAUGAGAAAUUAAUAAAAAAUAAAUAUAGUUUGCAAACGAAGAGAUACAACAA